CACAAAGGCCGGCCUGUCUGGCUGACCGCUGGCUUCUCGGCCGCUCUUCAUUGGCUUCCCAGGCAGGGAGGGUCCAGAGGGAGGGUCCGGCCCGCACUACAAGGCUGGCGUCUCUGGCCGGAGCCCCCUCGCACCCACCGGCUGACCCACCGCCUGUAACCGUUCAACCCAGACCCGAGGCGUCUCUCUCCCUUGCUAAGCUCCUUCGACCAGUCCGGCCGCCUUUCCAUUCGGACAUCAACCGGAUCGUCCAGUUCCCGGUAUCGGAUUCUCUUUCUUUCGGGGGCAGGCACUCCGGCCGUAUUUAAAGCCACCGAGUGACCGUCUCUUUCGGACACUCGGUUUUCGGUCAGCGCAAAAGGGAUGUCUUCUCAGCUGGAGUCGGCCAUGGAGGCCCUCAUCUCCGUCUUCCACAGCUACUCGGGCAAAGAAGGAGACAAGUACAAGCUGAGCAAGAAGGAGCUGAAGGAGCUGCUCCAGAGCCAGCUGGGAGGCUUCCUGGAAUCCCAGAAGGACACGGAGGCGGUGGACAAGAUCCUGCACGACUUGGACGAGAACGGCGAUGGCGAGGUGGACUUUUCCGAGUUCGUGGUCCUGGUGGCCGCCUUGACCGUGGCCUGCAACGCCUUCUUCUGGGAGAAGCCCUGAACCCUGGACAAAAAGGAACAAACGAAUGAGAAAAGCUGCUUUGCAAACCAAGCCAAGCCAGACACAUUGCUGCUGCCUGCUUAUUAAAGCCAUCAUCCCUCUCUUGA